UAUUGAGAACAUCGCUAAUAUUUUGUUUUUUCUAUAACUUUGUAUUACGAGUAAAUUAUUAGAUUCUAUUCACAUAGGGACCUAACCAACAGUGGUGAAAUAGAACCAGUGCAUGUGAGCAAUGAUACGGAAGUAGGAAUUGUAUGUGAAUUCGAUUUCGGAUGGGAUAAACGUGGCAAUGGAUUUACAUACGACAGUACAAGUGGUCGAGGGUCUGUCGUCGGACAUAGAACCAAAAAAAAUUUAGCCUGGGAGGUUAUGAUCUCAACGUGUCGUAUGUGCGAUCGUGGCCAUGCUCAAGAGGAACAUGAUUGUCGAAAAAAUCAUCAAGGAAAAAAAAGUUCGAGUUGAUGUGCUGGUUGGAGAUGAAGACGCUUCAACGAUUUGCCAUGUUCAACAAGCCGCUAAUCAUAAUGUGGAAAAAUGGAUUGACAUAAAUCACACAGUGAAAAAGUUCUCCAAUAAAUUGUAUGCAGCUUCAAAGAAGCAUAAAUUCUUGAAAGCUUCAGUAAUAAAGUAUCUUAAAAGAUGCUUUUGCUAUUGUAUUGCUCGAAACAUUGGAAAUUCUGAUGGAUUAAAGAAUGGAUUGCGAAAUAUUGCCAAGCAUACUUUUGGACAACACGACACCUGUGGAGAAUGGUGUAAAGCACAAAAUGAUCCAGGCUACGUUUUCCAACAUUUGCCAGAAGGCAGGCCUUUUUCUUCAAAAGCGUGGAACGAUGACUUUGAGCAGAUUUUGGAAAGUUACAUGGAAAAAGCAGAAAAGAUUUCUCCAGGUGGUUCGUCUCAACGAAAUGAAUCCUUCAACCACAUGGCCGUCACACGUGCACCGAAAAGUCGAUUCUAUGGAUCAACACCUGCCCUAUCCUAUCGAGUUGCUGCCGCUGUAUUGCAAAAAAAUGAUGGAGCAGACCACAUGACAGAAGUCAACCGAAGGGCAGGCUUGUCUCCUGGUAAAGUUACACAAAAAUAUCGACACAUGAUGCAAUCCAAACGGGAAAUAAAAGCGAGACGACAGCAGACAAUCCAAUUUAAACGCAGGAGAUUAUUUCUUAAAAAUAAGAGCGGUCCUCAACAAAGAAAAGAAGGAUUAACAUAUAUGAGCGGAAUGGGGCCCACGAUGGAGAAAGCUAUAACCGCAACAUGCGCGAUUAAUGAGUUCAUUCCUGAGCUUGCUCCACUCCAACUAUCGAGCAUAUUCGUGCAUAUUGCUGCUAAAUGUGGUGCUCAAUCGUUUGAAGCGUAUAUGAUUCCUCAACAACCCAUCCAUCCCAAGGCUUCGGAAAUAACUGGAUUUUCCGUCGACAAUGGUUAUCUGCUAUAUUUCAGACAAAGAGUAGAAAGUACUUCAUCAGCCACAGCAGCCAAAGACUUCGUGGACUUUCUAUGCAAUUUAAAUUCGCAGAUUUUGAUUGUCGGACACAAUGUCAUCAAGUUCGAUGCUCCCUUGAUAUUCCGGUGGUUGGCAAAGCACGAUUUGGUUGAAAAAAUGUGCUCUAUCACAUACGGUCUGACCGACACAAUCCCACUGCUUCGACAAGGGAAAAUAUCAAAGCAAGACGUGUUAGCAAAACAGUAUCUCACAAGUCCGGAGUGGAAUUCAUUUCAUGAAAAAGCUCACAAUGCAUUAAUUGAUUGCUAUCUUCUCAAUGGUCUUUUGGAACAUUUUGAAAUAAAUGAUGAAGUUCUCAAAAGUAAAGCUUUGUCAUUAAGGGAAUUUUUUGAGCAACAAGCAAUGCUGCGGAAACAAAAAACUCUACUUCCAUUUCUUCUUCCACUGAAAAAUGCUGUUUCACGCACCAUGUUGAACAAAAUGGCACGGCAUGGUGUAACUAUGGAGGAGUUACUAAGAGAAUUUCAGCUUCACGGAAAUAAAGGCAUCGAAGUCAGUCUGGGUGUGCGAGUGAAUGGGAAACCAAGAAUAACAACAAAUAAAAGAAUUGUAGAAAAUGUAAUAGAGUGCGUAAAAAAUUUGGUAUAA